UUGCAGAGAGAUGCCAAGGGCCAGUACCUGUUCGAUCUUCUCUGCCACCACCUGAACCUGCUGGAGAAGGACUACUUCGGCAUUCGGUUUGUGGACCCUGACAAGCAAAGGCAUUGGCUGGAAUUUACCAAGUCAGUUGUGAAGCAGAUGAGGGCCCAGCCUCCCUUCACUAUGUGCUUCCGUGUGAAGUUUUACCCCACGGAUCCCGCUGCUCUGAAGGAGGAGAUCACCAGGUAUUUAGUCUUCCUGCAGAUCAAAAGGGAUCUCUACCACGGCCGUCUCCUCUGCAAGACUUCGGAUGCUGCUUUGUUGGCUGCCUAUAUCCUUCAAGCUGAGAUUGGGGAUUACGACCCAGGGAAGCACCCGGAAGGCUACAGCUCCAAGUUCCAGUUCUUCCCCAAACACUCAGAGAAGCUGGAGAGGAAAAUUGCGGAGAUUCACAAGUCAGAGCUGAGUGGGCAGACACCAGCUACUUCAGAGCUGAAUUUCCUCAGGAAAGCCCAGACUCUGGAGACCUAUGGGGUUGACCCACACCCUUGCAAGGAUGUGUCGGGGAACGCGGCGUUCUUGGCCUUCACUCCCUUUGGUUUUGUGGUUCUGCAAGGAAAUAAGAGAGUUCACUUCAUCAAAUGGAAUGAGGUGACCAAGAUGAAAUUCGAAGGAAAGACUUUCUAUUUAUACGUCAGCCAGAAGGAGGAAAAGAAAAUUGUUCUUACGUAUUUUGCCCCGACACCAGAAGCCUGCAAGCACCUCUGGAAGUGUGGGAUAGAAAACCAGGCUUUCUACAAGUUGGAGAAGUCGAGCCAGGUCCGGACCGUGUCCAGCAGCAACUUGUUCUUCAAGGGAAGCCGGUUCCGAUACAGUGGCCGUGUUGCAAAGGAGGUGAUGGAGUCCAGUGCCAAGAUCAAGAGGGAGCCCCCUGAGAUUCACCGGGCAGGGCUGGUGCCAAGCCGGAGCUGCCCCUCCAUCACCCAUGGCCCCCGACUGAGCAGCGUGCCCCGCACCCGGAGGAGAGCCGUGCACAUCUCCAUCAUGGAAGGCCUGGAGUCUCUGCGUGACAGUGCCCAUUCAACCCCGGUGCGCUCAGCUUCCCACGGCGACGCCUUCACAGCCCCCGGGCGCAGCGGCCGUGCCGAGAGCAGCGAGCGGGUAGCCGUCAUUGCCGAUGAGAACUACAGCCCAGCCGACAGCGUGCUGCCCACGCCGGUGGCCGAGCACAGCCUGGAGCUGAUGCUGCUCUCGCGGCAGGCGAACGGGGCCCCGUGCAGCAUCGAGGAGGAGAAGGAGUCGGAGGCCGGCACACCAGUUUUGGGCGAGGCGGAGGAGGCGGGUGGCGAGCUGCGGGCCCUCUGCCCCGGUGCUGGCGGCCUGGGGGCGGCACAGGCGGAACAGGUGAAUAAGUUUGUUUUAAGUGUCCUCCGUUUGCUCCUUGUGACAGUUGGACUCCUCUUUGUUUUGCUCCUCCUCCUGAUCGUCCUUACCGAGUCCGACCUUGACACUGCCUUUUUCCGUGAUAUCCGCCAGACCCCCGAGUUCGAGCAGUUCCAUUACCAAUACUUUUGUCCCCUCAGGCGAUGGUUUGCCUGCAAAGUCCGCGCCAUGGUAAGCCUGCUCAUUGACACCUGAAGGCAGGAGCCGCCACGUAACUAGCCGGGGGCCUGGGGAGAGACCUGCUGCCGUCCCCCACGUGCGGGACCCGCCACGGCACCUUCGGCACAUGCACACACCCACACUAAAAUCCUCCCUUCCCGCCCCAGAGCCUGGCGCGGGCGAGGCGGCAGCUUUCCGGGAGGAAGAGGAGGGUGGUGGGCACAGCAGCCCCCCCAGGGCCUCCUCCCCCCCGCGUUCGGCCGCGCUGCUCCCACCCCUGGAGCCCGCACAACACCACUUCACCGUUUGAUUCUCACAGAGGCACGUAGGACUUUGGAAGCACCAAGCAAAAAGAGAGGAAUUGAUUUUACUCUUGCGCCCGUCCCGGCGGUGCCGCGUUACACAGGAGCUUUAGAAAUGGUGCUACUGAGUAUUAAUUUAAGCACUCAUGUACUGUUACGUUAUUAAAUCCGCCACUGUGCACACCCACCUCCUUCCAAGUACCGCUUUGCAGAAACCCCUUCCCACUAACUGGAGUCUCCUACGUGACGAUGCGUGGCGGGAUGCUGUCAGGGGACGCCCCGGUUCCCCCUGCUCGCAGGCAGGUGUGCGAGCCGGCUCUCCACACCCCCUGGGAGCCCUCGCCCUGCGCCGCCGACUUGCCCUUUCAUCACUUUUUUCUAAGCCUUGAAGUGUCGGUGCUCCCGAGGGCAGGGAGAGCACGGACAGGCAAGAGCACGCCGGGCACCCACGGCCCAGCCUGGGCACGCAGCCAGGGGCGACCGCGUCAGAUUUAUUAGGAAGACCUUUAGCCUCCGAAAGUUGUACCUAUUUUGUACGAAAAACAAAAAAAAACAACAAAAAAAAGAGACUGUUUCAAGGUCUAUUUUAA